UAAGAGAAAAAAACAAACAAAGAAGAAAGGGUCGGGUCAUCAUCGUUUCAUGGUUGCCUCUUCUUCUUCUUCUCACUCUCAUCGUAUCUGCUCUUCUCUCUCAGCUUCAACCUCUUAAAAAAAAACCUUUAAAGCUCCCAUUUUUACUCCAUUUUCGAUUUCCUCGCUCAGCUCUCCCUUAAUGCUCAGAUUGACAUCCUGAACCGCAUCUGAAGAACCUCUCGCUCGAUUUCGCGGUUCUUAGGGUUUUCUUAAAGUAACUUCGAUUCGUCCGUUUUGUUUCUAGGGUUCAACGAGUUCGUCUCGUCUCCUGGAUUCGAUUUUUUCCCAUUUGAAUGGUGCAAUGGUGUCAGCGAACGAUCCUAUCGAGUCCUUGUUCAAUUCAAUCCAAGCAGUGAAAGACGCUCUCCUCCCCAUCGAGCUCGGCGUCAAAAAGGCGGCUAGAGACAUCGAGAGUUGUUGGAUAAGCAAAGAGAAGGACUUUCAUUUGGUGUUGAGGUCGUCUGUAAGAAACAGGAGGAGGAAGAGGGUUUCUGCUUGUCCCGACUCUGAGAACAAUGUUGACAGUGUUCAGUGUUUGGUGAGUGAAGAGAGGAAGAAAGGUUUGUCCUUUAAGAUCCCUGUGAAGUCACUCUUUGGUAGUGAGAAGCUGGUUAAGAAGAAAGACAAGCCUUUGUUGGAGAAAGAAGAUGAUGGUGAUGGUUCUUGUACGAAUUGCUUCAAGUUUGCUAUGACUUGGUCUUUGUUGGUUAGUGGCUUUGUCCAUGCUUUACCUGUUCCUUUUAAGAUAGGUAAGAAGAGGGUUCAUGAUGAGAAGAGUCUUAAACCAAAGGCUUCGUUUGUAAACCGGAAAGAGAUUAGGAAGAACCAGUCAGCUAAAUCUACUGAAAAGGAAGGGAAUCCGAUUGAAUGCGCUAUGGGUUUUGUUGUUGAAAUGCUGGCUCAUAAUCUCCACAAGCUUGACCAAUUCAUCCAGGACAGUUCACAGACUGAAUCUUGUUGUACCAAGGAAGCUAGUCCGCUUGUCUUUAACAUAUGGGAUGCUAGGAAACUCGAUGUUAAUGGGUUCCUAGGGAACCUGAUGUUUGCUAGAGUUGGAGAUGUGGCGUCGGGUAUAGUCGGUCUGGCAUCUCCUCCCGUGAGUGAAGAUGGUGAUGAAAGUAGUAACAACGUUAGUAAGGAGGAAAGCGUUGCUGAUUCUUCUCCACAGAGCCUGGCUAGUGGACUACUGAGUAUACCUUUGUCUAACGUGGAGCGUUUGAAAUCCACACUGUCUACUAUUUCGUUGACUGAGCUUAUUGAGCUUUUGCCCCAGUUAGGACGACCUUCAGCAGACCAUCCGGACAAGAAGAAACUUAUCUCUGUUCAGGAUUUUUUCAGAUACACCGAGUCUGAAGGUAGGAGGUUCUUCGAAGAACUAGAUAGAGAUGGUGAUGGUAAAGUAACAUUGGAAGAUCUGGAAAUUGCAAUGAGGAGAAGAAAACUGCCGAGAAGAUACGCCAAGGAGUUUAUGAGACGAGCGAGGAGUCAUCUUUUCUCGAAAUCUUUUGGUUGGAAGCAGUUUUUGUCGCUGAUGGAACAGAAGGAGCCAACCAUCCUCCGUGCCUACACUUCUCUGUGUUUGACCAAGUCCGGUACUCUACAGAAGAGUGAGAUAUUGGCAUCGCUGGAUAACGCAGGGCUUCCUGCUAAUGAAGAGAAUGCUAUAGCCAUGAUGAGGUUCUUGAAGGUUGAUACCGAAGAGUCUAUCUCUUAUGGACAUUUCCGUAACUUCAUGGUUUUGCUGCCGUAUGAGCGGUUGCAGGAUGAUCCUCGUAACAUCUGGUUUGAAGCUGCGACUGUUGUUGCUGUUGCACCUCCCGUGGCUUUACCUGCUGGAGAUGUUCUAAAAUCUGCAUUAGCCGGAGGACUUGCCUCUGCUCUCUCCACUUCCCUAUUGCAUUCGAUUGACACGAUCAAGACACGUGUGCAAGCAUCAACCUUGUCAUUUCCUGAAGUGAUAGCAAAGCUUCCAGAGAUUGGUGUCCGGGGAGUGUAUAAGGGUUCUAUUCCAGCAAUUCUUGGACAGUUUUCAAGCCAUGGCCUGCGGACAGGAAUAUUCGAAGCAAGUAAACUUGUGUUGAUCAAUUUUGCUCCCAAUCUCCCAGAAAUUCAGAUUCAAUCGAUUGCAUCAUUCUGCAGCACACUAUUAGGCACGGCAGUGCGGAUUCCAUGUGAGGUGCUGAAGCAACGGUUGCAGGCUGGCAUGUUUAACAAUGUAGGGGAAGCCAUUGUAGGGACAUGGAGACAAGACGGUCCAGGAGGGUUUUUCCGUGGGACAGGCGCAACUCUUUGCCGUGAAGUCCCACUAUACGUUGUUGGCAUGGGACUGUAUGCAGAGUCUAAAAAGAUGGUGGCGCAAGCGCUGGGAAGGGAGCUAGAGGCAUGGGAGACAAUAGCGGUUGGAGCGGUGUCAGGAGGUAUAGCAGCGGUUGUGACGACUCCGUUUGAUGUGAUGAAGACGAGAAUGAUGACUGCAACGCCAGGGAGACCCAUCUCAAUGUCAAUGGUUUUUCUUUCGGUUCUGCGUCACGAGGGACCGCUUGGUUUGUUCAAAGGAGGUCCGAGGUUCUUCUGGGUGGCUCCUCUUGGUGCCAUGAACUUUGCUGGAUAUGAACUAGCCAAGAAAGCUAUGCAGAAGAACGAGGAAGCUAUGGUGGCUGAUCAGCUCGGUCAGAAGAAGCUUUGCUAGAGGGCUUUUCUAUUUUUACUUUGCUUUGCUUUGCUGCUACGAAGUUUUUUUUGGGGGGCAGCUUGAGCCGGAGGAGAUUACUCUUUGUUAAAUGCUACUUUGCAAAUUUUGACCCCAAAAAAAAGUUGAUUGUUUUGUUGCGAAAGACAAUUUUCAUCUUAUUAGUUACAAAACUUCCGUUUGAAAA